AUGAAGAAUGCGAUCAUUGCAGCCAAUGGUUCCGUACAGCAUAUCGAUGGUAUCCCUGAAGAGAUCAAGGCAUUGUAUAAAACCGUUUGGGAAAUCAAGCAACGUAGCCUGAUCGAUAUGGCUGCCGAUCGUGGUGCCUUCAUCUGCCAGUCGCAAUCGCUAAACCUGUUUGUGGAUAGCCCGACCGCAGCCAAGCUGACUUCUAUGCACUUCUAUGGUUGGAAGAAAGGCCUGAAGACCGGUAUGUAUUACCUGCGUACACAGGCUGCCACACAAGCCGUUCAGUUUACCGUAGAAAAGCAAGGUAGUAAGGAAAUGGAACCAGUGAUGCCAACAGCAGAACAACUGAAAGCCAAUGGCAAUAACCUGGAUGAUAUGGAAAUGAAUGAAGUGACCGGCCCCGUAUGUACUAUGGAAGAAGGUUGUGUCACCUGCAGCUCCUAG